AUGUCUCUCUCCAACAAGCUUGCUAUCACCGACGUCGACGUCAAGGACAAGCGUGUCCUCAUUCGCGUCGAUUUCAACGUCCCCCUCGACGCCGAGAAGAACGUCACCAACAACCAGCGAAUUGUCGGUGCCUUGCCCACCAUCAAAUAUGCUAUUGACAACGGCGCCAAGGCCGUCAUCUUGAUGUCUCACCUUGGUCGUCCCGACGGCAAAGUUAACGCCAAAUACAGCUUGCAGCCCGUUGUCCCCGAGCUCGAGAAGCUCCUCGGUCGCAGCGUCAUCUUCACAAAGGACUGUGUUGGCCCUGAGACAGAGGAAAUUGUCAACAAGGCCUCCGGUGGUCAGGUCAUUUUGUUGGAGAACUUGCGAUUCCACGCUGAGGAGGAAGGUAGCUCCAAGGAUGAGCAGGGUAACAAGGUCAAGGCCGACAAGGCCAAGGUUGAGGAAUUCAGGAAGGCAUUAACUGCUCUUGGGGAUGUUUAUAUCAAUGACGCUUUCGGAACCGCCCACCGUGCUCACAGCUCCAUGGUCGGAAUUGACCUCCCCCAAAAGGCUGCCGGUUUCCUCGUGAAGAAGGAACUUGAUUACUUUGCUCAGGCCUUGGAGAGCCCCAAGCGCCCCUUCCUCGCUAUUCUCGGAGGUUCCAAGGUUUCUGAUAAGAUUCAGCUCAUCGAUAACCUUCUCCCCAAAGUCAAUAGCCUAAUCAUCACCGGUGGUAUGGCUUUCACCUUUAAGAAGACCCUUGAGAACGUUAAGAUCGGUAACUCCCUCUUCGAUGAGGCCGGCAGCAAGACCGUUGGCGAUAUUAUUGAAAAAGCCAAGAAGCACAACGUCGAAGUUAUCCUGCCCGUCGACUACGUUACCGCUAGCAAAUUCGGCGCCGAUGCCGAGGUCGGCAGUGCCACCGACGCCGAAGGUAUUCCCGACGGCUGGCUUGGUCUUGAUGUCGGUCCCAAGAGUGUCGAAUCCUACAAGAAGGCUAUCGGUGAAGCUAAGACGAUCCUCUGGAACGGUCCUUGCGGUGUCUUUGAGUUGGAGCCCUUCGCCAGCGGAACAAAGGCUACCCUCGACGCUGCCGUUGCGGCUGCUCAGUCGGGGACUAUCGUCAUUAUUGGCGGUGGUGACACUGCUACCGUUGCAGCCAAGUACAAGGUUGAGGACAAGUUGAGCCAUGUCUCGACUGGUGGUGGUGCUUCUUUGGAACUGUUGGAGGGUAAGGAUUUGCCUGGUGUUUCGGCUUUGUCAACGGCCACACUCAUUCUGGAUGACGAUGUCGAUGGCGCCGAGAAUGGUCUCAGUAACGGUGACUCAUCUUUCCACAAGACAGGAAAAGGCGUUGUUGGCUUCCUCCGCGCUCUACUCGGGUUUGAACAGGAGAUAAUGCGCGAAGCUGCCGAGCGGCUCUCGGAUGCUGAAACCAGUGCAUACAACGACCAACAGCGAGUAGCCCACACCUCGAGCGCGCCCGAUGCUUUCCAUUCUAAAAUCUACGAUGUAGGCACGGAGUAUGCCCUCUGCCAAGCAAUGGCGCAGAUCAUGACUGCCGUCGUCGGAGUACUCAACGAGAGCCUUACAGAGAGUUUGAAGGGGUUUUACAAAAUGCGAAAGGCAUACGCUACUUUGGACGGAAUUGUGCGCAUGGAGGAACGCUAUCUGCAAACUCGCAAAGCUCGAACCGCUCCGGCAGCUUUGUUGGUUGAGAAAUCACCCGUAAGACCAAAACCGAGGCCAGCUGGCGCGCAUAUCAGCAAAUCCGAUCAGGAUCUGCAUAAAAGCAUCGCAGAACUCAAAUUGACAGACGACGAACCUCACAGUGAACCCGCUUCCACUCAUUCAAGCGAGCCGGGUACACCGUUAGGCGAAAGUCUUACACAUGAUCCAGAAUUGGCUGAUCUUUUCAGUCAUCCCAUCGAUACAUUCAUUCAUACCGGUGCCAGCUUGUGUCUGGGUAUGUUACUUGCAAUGCUUUCCACGCUUCCACCCACAUUCAGUCGCUUGCUCGCAAUUGUCGGGUUUCGAGGCGAUAAAGAGCGAGGUUUGCGUAUGCUUUGGCAAGCGAGCAAGUCUAGCACUCUGAUUGGAGCUGUUGCUGGACUUGGAAUCCUAGGUUACUACAACGGAUUUGUGCGGUUACUGGAUAUCAUUCCUGAUGCCACUGAGGGUGACGACUUGGGAAUCGAAGGCUAUCCCACAGAUCGUUUGAAGACGCUACUCAUUACGAUGAGGACGCGAUACCCCAACAGCCAGCUGUGGCUUCUUGAAGAAGCUCGAAUGAAGAGCGGUCACCGCGAUGUCGAAGGCGCUGUGGAUAUGCUGAAGAACAGCAAAAAGAGUCCACUAAAGCAGGUCGAGGCUUUGCAGGCGUUUGAGAAGAGUAUGGACUCGAUGUUCUUGCACAACUACGAGGACUGUGCCAAGUUUUUCUUAGAGUGCGUUGAUCUCAACUCUUGGUCGCCUGCUCUGUAUUACUACAUUGCCGGAUCUGCCUAUGUGAUUCUAUACCGCCGGACAUCCGACACCGACCCAGCUGCGGCCAAAAUAUACGCUGAAAAGGCUACAGAAUGCAUUCGCAAAGCACCAACAGUAGCAGGCAAAAAGCGCCUAAUGGCCCGCCAGCUCCCAUUCGAAGUCUUCGUUACACGCAAAAUCGCGAAGUGGGAAGCCCGCGCCAAGGGACUGAAAGUAGAUCUCGUUGACGCUGUGGGAGUCGAUCCGAUCGAAGAAAUGAACUUCCUCUGGAAUGGGUACAGCCGCAUGGGAGCGGAGGGACUGCAAGAGUCCCUUCGUCGACUCGAUCAAUCAGAAGAGGACGUUUUACAUCCGGAGGAAGACGAGAAGGCUAUUUCCCAACUCCUCCGAGCCGCCAUCUUGCGCGCACAACGCAAGCACGCAGAGGCAAAGGAGAUUUUGAAACAAAAUAUCCUGGUCCUUGACAAGAACAUUUUCAAGGGCCAUCUACGCGAUAACUGGGUUCUCCCCGCAGCCCAUUUUGAGCUUGCGGCUAAUCUAUGGAUGGAGCGGCCCAGCUACGUACCCACGCAUGCCUCGCCCUGGGAUCCGGAGCCCGCAGAAAAAGAAGCGUCGGAGGACGAGAUCGUUUCGGCUGAAAGGAAACAAGUCCAGGAGUGCGAUGAGCAUCUCGAAAAGGCGGCGAAAUGGGAGUCAUAUGAUCUCGAUACGAGGAUUGGUCUCAAGGUGACGGCUGCUAGGGAGGCAAUGCGCAAGUGGCACACUUCGCAUCCUGAGGUUGCAUAG